GUCUCAAUAAUCAUGCGGCCAACGCGUUAUUUCGCGGUACAUUAUCUACUCUUACGAGUCCUCGGCCUAGGCUGGUGGCAUCAUCCUGAUGAAGAUAAUAAGAGUAAUUUCCCCGGCUGGUACUUAUAUUAUUCUAUUGUAACCCAAAUGGUGUGGGUUGUUGGUUUUGUCGGCCUCGAAACCAUAGACCCUUUCGUCGGAGAAAAAGAUCUAGACCGUUUUAUGUUCAGUCUCUCCUUCGUCAUAACCCACGAUCUCACAUUGAUAAAACUUUGCAUAUUCUAUUUCCGUAACGCCGAACUACAGGAUAUAGUUCACACCCUCGAGAUUGACUUGUAUCAAUACUAUCAAAACGAUAACAAGAAUCGAAAGACGAUCAAACUAUCACGAAUAUUCACCGGCGCUUUUCUUUUCUUUGGCUGGAUGACGAUAGGAAAUGCGAAUGUUUAUGGAAUUAUUCAGGAUCUUCGUUGGAAAAGUAUUAUAAAAAAUUUAAAUGACACGGCAAUAAAACCUGUUCGAACAAUGCCCCAGCCCAUCUUCAUUCCUUGGCCGCACCAAAGCGAUAAAUCUUAUAUACCCACCUUCGCUCUUGAAACGGUGGGGUUACUCUGGACUGGGCAUAUCGUGAUGACCAUUGAUACCUUCAUCGCAUCUGUAAUACUUCACAUGAGCUCUCAGUUUGCGAUACUUCGUGAAGCAUUAGUAACUGCUUAUGACCGCACUAUGGCCCAACUUGCUACCAAUGACUCAGAUGGCAAUUUGUCUAUAAAUGCCGACACCAAUUACGAAGAGAUCGACACGGAAGCAAAUGAGAAAAUCGUAAAAAGGUUUUACACUGGUCCUGAAAUAGAAAAAGCAUUAGAAAAUUCUUUACUCAAUUGUUUGCGUCAACAUCAAAUGCUCAUAGGAUGUGUGGAGAAAUUCUCGAGAACUUAUUCAUACGGCUUCAUGACUCAACUUCUGUCUAGUAUGGCGGCUAUUUGCGUGGUAAUGGUACAAGUUUCGCAAGAUGCGUCAAGUUUCAAAUCAGUAAGGCUGGUGACUUCUUUGGCGUUCUUCUUUGCUAUGAUAAUACAGUUAGCCAUACAAUGCUUUACGGGCAAUGAACUUACACUUCAGGCAGAACGUAUAUCAGACGCCGUGAUGCAAAGUAAAUGGGAACGAAUGCCGCCACGUCUGCGUCGCUUGCUGAUUAUAAUGAUGAUGCGCGCGCAGAGACCACUUCGGCUGACAGCCGCCGGAUUUGCCAAUAUGGACAAUGCAUGCUUUCUUUCAAUAUUGAAAGCUGCUUACUCUUACUAUGCCGUGCUGAGCCAAAAGGAGGUCCAAGUCUAAAAAUAAAAAAACGUCAAAGUUUAUCAUUACUAUAUUUAGGUAUUUUCCAUCGU